AUGAACUGGCCAUGUCGGCGGGACUCCUCUUUCACGCCUUCACCCUACGAGAUAUUCGGCCUAGAUAAGCACUCGGUCUAUACCAAGCACAAGUUCUACGAAUUAGUGAAGAUCUACCAUCCGGACAGAAACAGCCACAGCUCCCUCUGCGGGGAAUUGAGCGACAUUGAGAGACUGGAGAGAUACAGGUUGGUUGUACAGGCACAUGAGAUUCUCUCCGAUCCGGUCAAGCGAAGGGCAUACGAUGCAUCUGGCGCAGGAUGGGGAGCAACAAGGACAGCAACCAGACACUCGCACGGAUAUACCAACCCCGAAGGGAAACGAUAUGGAUUUGGUCCAGAUGACGAUUCCUCAAUAUUUCAAAAUGCCACUUGGGAAGAUUGGGAACGAUGGUACCGCCGAUACGACAAGCCCAAAGACCCUCCAGUCACAUACCUCCAUCCCAAUGCGUUUGCAUCCAUUGUCAUCCUCCUUGCGGUGAUUGCUGGAGUCCUUCAGGCCACAAGAGCCGGACAAUUCACAGGGUCAAUAGAAGAGCGGGCACAAGCCUUUACCGAGGAAACAAAUCGAUUCCUGACAUCAAGGAAAGAUCACUUCGAAGAACAUGAUAUUAAGGGAACGGGCCGUGUCAAGCAUUUUCUAGAGAAGCGUGAUCCGGCAAAAUAUGGGUUGAAGCAAGAAGAGGAGGAGGUCUAUCGGACGCAUUUUGCUAACCCGAUCUUGCAGCCGAUCCCAAAUUUGAAAGACUCGGAGAAGCAAGGGCAGGAGCUGUGA